UUUAAUGUGCACCAAAGUGCGGUGUAGCGCGAGUGAUCGAAUUAGUAAUAAGACAUCAAACAAAAUAAGACAACAAACAAAAAAUGUGAAUCUUUCUUUAGGGUUGAGUAUAAAAAAGUUGCAGCAUUUUCCGCUAAUCAGUUUUUGAAUUUAUAAAAACUAUCUGAUGUGUCGUAAAUUUAUAUUUUUUUGAAAGAAAUUAUAUUGAAUAGUAGAAGUAUUUUCUGAUAAGGAUAGAAUUUAACUUUAUUAUAUUAUUAUUAUAUUGCUAUAAUAAACUAUUAUUAUAAACAGUAAAAGUUAUGAAUAAAUUCGGAGGUUGUUGAUUUUAAAUAAGAAUUUUAAAUAAGAAUUUUGUGAUCUUCAACGAAAACCUAACCUCCAAGUCUCUCGGAGCUAGAAGUUUACAUCGUUUCUAGCAUUCGUUUCUAGCUGAAUAUGUCUAUGAAUGGGAGCACAUCACCCACUGCUUUCGAAUGCUCAUUCGAAUUGGAGGAUCUUGAUAGCCAAGUGUCCAUGUUACAAGUACUAUUGGAAAACGAAAGUCUCGAUGCAGAACAGUUGGUGCAAAUGCUGGAACAAUGUUUCCGCAUGUGUUCGACUGAGUCGCUCGAUAAACAAAUUUUCAGAAAAAUUCUACCAAAAGCUCAACACUUUUUGUCACAGGUCCUGAGAGCUAUAGAUGAUACGAUAACGCAUAAUAGCGCGAUGAUCGAUGACGAUUUGGAUGACAUCAAGUGUAAAUUGCGCGUUUGCAACGAGCUGCUCACCUUUUGGAGAAGAUGCGUGGAACACAUUUCCAGACUUCAGAAAGUUCCUGUUGUCCAUGUUAUGUCAUUAUGCGACAUUUUACCCGAAACGAUAAAAGUCAUUCUUGAGCAUUGCAAAGCCAGUCCAAGAUAUGGGGUGUUUUUGAGCGGCGCAAUGGAACAAUUAAAAAAUUUGUUCGCAAAGGCAGGUGCAAUCUUCAAGCUAUUCUUUGCCACGUUGAACGGCGUAAUCGUUUUCGACACGGACGUGCAAUCGGAAACGGAGCUGUUGACGAAAGUGAUUGAUGCACACGGCAGCAUUGCUUCUAUCGCGUGCGGAAUGGACACCAAGACGUACAUCGAGUUGUCCGAGGCGUUCGCCAAACUGGCAAUCACCUAUCAAAGCGAUAUCAAGCAGGAUCGCGUCACAACGCAUCUUGUUCAAAUGGUGAAAGAUGCGUCUUGUUUUUUAUCUGCAAUCAAGGACCAGAAAGACCAGAAGGACAAGAACGCGGAACGAAAUGUAAUAGCCAUUACACGCUUGCUGAAAAUCCUUGAAAAACUAACAGCGAUUUAUGGCGCGUGUUUCACGCACGAAACGCUGUCGGAACUAGUAGAACUCUUGGCGCAAUUGCAUAGGUACUCAUGUUUGAAUUUAACGAGAGGUGGCGAAAGAACAAUCUUGGUCAGUGCUGCGUCUUUCUUAGAUAUCAUCUUCAAUCAUGAAGAUUUCAAAGAAGUGUAUUUCAAGUAUGGAAGACAAGUUGUCUCGCAUGGUCAGUACGCGGAUCGAUUGAGUUAUCAUCUAUUGACAAUCGCCAUCAUGAAGAAACUGAAUGGCAUGCCGUGUGAACUUCAGUGCGAAUGGUCUCUAAGCUCCGAUUCAGUCUUGGAUAUCGCUCUCAUAUUUAUGGACCAUCCUAAAACUUCUUCAAUUACUUGCUUCGAUCUAGUCAAUGAAGAAAUCUGCGCUGAAGAUCUGCGAUUACCAGGCGCUCACAAAAUCGGCGAACGGCCGCGGUUGGCCGGCAUUUACGAAGCGACUCUGGUACCCUUCUGCGGUCUGAUCAGUCAGAUACCACCGGAAAGCUUCCACGCGCUUGAGUUGAUUCUGCUGAAACAUCUGUUGUCUGGUUGCUUCUGGCGCUCGCUACUAAGCUCGGACAUUUGGUGCUUCAUUGGCAGACUCGGCACUUCGCAACUGUGCGUCGAUCACAUUAAACAUAUGAUUAAAGUGUCCGUCGUUUUGGCAGAAAGACGCGACAGUGUGGAAGCGAUCAUGCUGGACAACACGAUCGUCAGGCUUUACAUGUCACUGACCGAAGACACAAAAUUCGCUCUGCUCAACAGCCUCAUCGAUCUGUAUACAGAUAAUUACACGCCUAUCCUGUAUAUGCUAAUGGCGGAAACUAAAGGCUUUUCCUUGGAACGAUUAAAGCAUAAACUUGAUGAUUUACCAAGGGCCUUCUCCGAUCUGCAGGAACAUCCAUCUAUUCGUAAUUGGAAGCAUCUUUUGCAGCUCGUGUCCGCAACGACGGCGAUAGAUUACAGUGAUAACAAGGACAUUAUUGAAAUUUUAACUAAACUAUGGAUUUUUGUGAAGGACGCAAUUACCGAAUGUGAGGGCAAACAAUUGGAUAUAUUGUUCGACUUGGUCGUUAUCUUACUCGAUAGCACACAUCUCGGAAAUCUUCAAGACGACGCUUUUUGUGCGAUUUUGACAUCCAUCACGACCUCAUAUGCUCAUCUGCCACCUCGCGCCAAGAUCAAGAUCUGUCAUCUGUUACGACGUUGCGUUGCGAAUCUUGAGCGUUGCAGAGUUCAAAACGUCACGUCCACUUUGAUCGAGCUGUUCAGUUGUUUGCUAGAAGAUGAGAAUAUCUGGGUACGUCAGGAAGCGCUCGAAACUUUUGAGUGCGUUGGGCACGAGUGCUCAGAGCAGUUGGUCGCUGUUUUAGCGAAGGCCUUAGCCAAAAUACCCAACAUCAGCAACAUUAUGCAAGCCUACUUAUCCUCAAAACCAUACUACGUUCUCAAGGAGUUCGCAAAUUCACAGGACUACCUUAGACAUUUGGCUAAAGCUAUCCAAGAUCUUCAUGAGGAGCACACAUGCCGAGAGUACAAUGAAUCUGAGAGAGAAGAAAAGAUGCCGAAACUGGAAGAAAAAGAAAACUCACAUACUGAUAUCGUCCUGCCGAUAUCAGUGCAACUGGACGAACGAGCGGAGGGACUGUACAAAGAAUUGAUGAAGGUGUUAGAAGGCCGAGCCGUUAUCAGCGACGCAACCUGCAAGAAGCUAAUAGCUGCCCUUGAAAAAAUUCUUCAGAGUAGAGAGAAAUGAAACUCGAAGGAACUGAUGAAGACAACCAUCAUAGCUAUAAACAAAACCAAGUACUUAAAAAUUGUACUUGAUCUUACUAUUUAUUUAUCACAAUAUAAAAACUAAUAUUGCAGUGUUAUACUUUAAUUUUCAGUUAUUAUAAUAAAGUUAGUUGGUUACAUAAAUUAAAAAAUAACAUGUUACACAAUUACAUCUUUGCCUGUAGACUAAUGUGCAAAAUGCAGAACACAAAUUUACAUGCUACAAAAAUAAGUACAUAGAAAAACUGUUUGUUACGAUUGUAAUAUCAAGUUGUUAAUAAGAUUACAGCAACUAUUAUUAUUGUUAAUUAAAACAUUCUUAAAAGGUACUUCACAAAAUACUAUAUAGUGAUUAAAAUAUUUCUUGUGCUUUAACAGCAUAAGCAAUUAAAAUAAGCUUAAACAG